AUGGAAAGAUCUAGUUUUUAUGAAGAAGAUAAACAAAGCUAAUUAAUUGAUGAGUAUGAAGAUGAAUUGACAUGCACUAUUUGCCUUGAUUUACUAUAUCAACCAGUUUCUACCUAGUGUGGGCAUACAUUCUGCAAAAAAUGCAUUAGUGAUUCUCUCAACUACAAAAAUUAAUGUACAAUAUGCAGAGAACCUAUUCACUAUUCAUCUCAAUAUCUUCCUAUAAACAUUACGCUGCAGAAACUUAUAGAAAAGAAAUAUCCUCUAUAAAUAUAAAAGAAAUAAUAAACAUAAGUUGAGAUUAUUAAAUAAAAAGAAGAAGAUCAAAUAAGGCUUGAUAACAUUCCUAUUUGGAUAGAUGGAACUCACCUUUUACCAGGAACCAAUGCCAUUUUGAAUAUCUAGGGAAGAGCAGGAUUAGACCUUACUCACAUUAUCCUUAGAGGUAAUAGAAGAUUUGUUAUUAUGAAGUCUGAAAAUGAUAUGAAAGGAUUUGUACUUUUAUUGAAAAGGGUCACACCAACUAUGAAUAGAAAUGAAGUAUUAGCUGAGGUCUCAGGUGUAGAUAGAUUUAUAGCUGACUAAAUAUUCAUUCCAGAGGAUAGAAUAGGGCUCUAUCUUGAAGGUUAAUAGCAACUCAAAUUCGCUCGAGGAAGAGUCAUAAAGGACAGAAUCGAAAGCAAAUUUUAGAAUUCUUUAGAGGAAAGUUUAUUAAGAGGAACUUUCGGGGAAUAUCCCAGACAAUUAUAAGGAACAAUUAUUGAGAGAGCAGAGAGGCAGACUCUAUUUGUGAUGUCUAAUCUAGAAUUCUAAAACAAUCACAGAGAGUUAAUAUUUUCAAAUGAUCCUAUAGAAAGACUGAAUGCUUGCAUUCAAGAGAUUUAAAAGACGCAACUACAUCGUAGACUUUUCGUUUGGGAACCUGAGGUUAAAGAGAAAAUAAGUGAAUCAUAGUAGUCUUUCUUACUGAUCUUGGCUUUGAUAGCAUUACUCUUUUGGGCAAGACUUUACUAAUGA